CUCCAUCCUUAAUAUGUUCAGAAGCAGAUGUUCUAUUCGAAUGGUUGAGUCUAUAAAGCUGUUUCAAACAAGAUGACAGUUGCUGUCGAAAAAAUUAUAGCAUAUAUGUUUGGUACUACAAUAAUUCUAUUUAACCUACUGUUCUCAGCCAUUGGUAUAAAGACAUUCUCCAAGAAGAUCCACAGCCUUUUGGUUUUGUUAUUAGGCGUAAGUGAAGGGAUUCAUGGUAUUGCCGUUAUAUGCAUUACUUACAACUCCAUUGACGAGGACAUUCCAAAAACGGAAAUAUUCCAUAUCAACUAUCCUGUUUGUACCCUACAAUUAAUAGCCUAUUUUGUUUCCAUUGGAUUUUCAUUGACAUUAUUACUUCUGAUUUCAAUAGAGAGGUAUGUCACGGUGAAAAAUUUUAAUUUCGUUUCUACACGGUUAAGUUUAAAGAAAAAGUAUGUAGCCAUUGGCAUCUUGAUGGGACUGGUGUGGAUAUACAUCUGUGUUUUUGUCACGACAGCACCGGUCAAGAGAAUUGAAGAAUGUAGUGUCGGCACUAUCUACCACAAUGAUAACAUUGACCUUAACGGAUGGGCUAUCAUUGGCUUGUAUGUAUCAUUGAUUAUAGCAAAUUUAAUUCUUUAUGGGAAAACGACAAGAAAUUUGUGGAAUAUUUUCUACAAGGCUUCAGUUCUGACCCAAAAGAAGGCCAAGAAAUCCGUUCCUGACUCAUCAGUUCCGGUACCUAGACAGGACCAGGCAUUGUCGGAUACCGAUAUCCCAUCGACAUCUAAGGAUCCUAUACACAACCCCUCAUUUGCAGCUACUCGAAGAACUUCUCUUUGGAAUGUUGCCAAAAAUAAGGUAAUGCAAAGUAGAUCGUCCUUUCGGUCAACAGGUAUUCAGGGGAAACCUUACACCUCUCGGAAGACAAUUCAGUUUGAGGACGGACACGCAAUUAACUUGGAAAAUUCUAUGGUGUCAGACAAAAGAAGGAGACAGCGGAAAGUAUCUACAGUCAUACUUAAUCCAUGGGAAAGACGGGCGAUGUUCACAAACUUCUAUUUGAUAGUCGCCCAGAUUGUCUUCUUUCUUCCAUUCAUCUCCCUUCUAGUAGCUGAACUGUUUGACGCAGACGUUCCAUUAGAAGCUUUGUCAUUUGGCACUCUCUGGCUCAUGGUGCACUUUCUGAUAAACCCGUUUAUAUUUGCCUGGAGGAUCAAAGAAGUUCAUUCUGAGAUGAGGAAGUUUUUCAGAUGCAGUACCCAGGUUGAACCAAGUAUUGCAAGAUUUUCUCUUCAAAAGCGGAAGUCACUGAAAUAAGUCUGAAAAGUGAUAACAUUGAAAUAUAUGUAUCAUCAUGCAUGUCAAGUAAAAGAUUUUAUAAAUUUUUGGACCAUACUUGGUUUAUGAAGAAAUUAUAGGACAGUGAAUAAAGAAUUAUUCAGACAGUCAUCAAGGAAAUUUCAUCAUAUAUACUAGUCAACAAAAGAAACGAUACACGACUUUGAAAUAAGAUUUAUCAAAAAGUAUUAAAUAUAAAACAAAAUGAGAUACACUAUUUUAAAAAGCUUUCAUUUGCAAUGUAUGCACAUGUGAUAAUGAAAAUCAAAACUUGUCGGAAAGUAUCUUAAUUCCGUGUAAACUACUGCAAAUUAGUUUUGCGGAAAGUUCAAUAAAAAAUCGACACAUAAUUUUCCAAGUACUAAAUAAAAUUUCAAAUUUGUUUAAAAAUAUUCAAUAUGCUAAUCAAGUUAUGUUCAUGUUGUAACUAAUGGGUUGAAAUAUUGUUUUUUUCAAAUUUUUGAGAAAAAAGUGUAUUUUGAAAUCUCAAAAAAUACCAAAAUUUAUUUUUUCUAUUUUCGUCUCAAAUCAAUCCUUUAGAUAUGAAAACAACACACAGUAAAUUUGGAACCUUUCGGAUUAGUUUUAGGAUUGUUACCGCUUUUUGAAUAUCACUUUACACAUACUGUCUAUGGUAAAUCAGUUGAUAAUGUAUACAUUUUAACGAUUUCUCGUGGGGUCGAACUUUGCUUAACAAAUAAACGAAGAAACUGUAUGAUUUUUAAAAACAAAUUGAUGGCAAACACUGUCUUUACCAUCAAAUAAGAGGUUGGCAUCAUUAGUUGGAACUUCUGUUUUCAAAAUUGUAGUUUUAUGUAAAUUUUGUUAAAAAAAGAAAAAUCGCGAAAAAACGUCACGAAAGCAAAAAUAUAUAUUUUUUUAAACGGAUUUAUAUUUCCAUAAUGAUUAAGUAUUACUACCUUCAAUAUUGGUCCAAUGAACGGAAUACCUUAUCUUUAAUUUGAAAAAAAAAUAUUGUAUCGUUUCUUUUGUUGACUUGUAUGUAUGCGAAGUCUUCGAAACUUUAAAUUAGAAACUGUGUGCAUAUGUUCUAGUUGCAGCGAUUAUGUCAUAACUUGUGUGGUUAUUUUUACCCUUUAUUUCAUUUUCAACAUGUAAAAUUUGUAAAUAUCGUUAUGAAUGAAAUUGCGUGUUGAUUCCAGACAACCGGAUUUAAAGUUCAAUUUGUCUAUUAUCUGUGUAAAAUCACCCGAGUUGACUUCACAUAUUUGAAGUUGGUGAAAACAGUCUGCUUUGUUGUAUGGGUUGUAAUGGUGUGCUAAAACAUGUUCUUCUCUUACCGUGUCAAGACUGAAGUAAAGGAGAAUAUUAUUAUUGAAACCCACAGAAUGUUUCCGAAAAAGAUGUACACACCUUUGUAACAGCACUAAUUAAAGAAGGAUAAUAGUCCAGUCAAACUAAGAUUUAACCUCAAACUAAUUGCAACAGAAAAUGUUUUAGUUCUUAUCUAUAGCAGUAUGCCCUUUUUAUACACAGAAAAAAGUCCCAUAAAAUCUAACUUGAGGAAAACUCAAAAUCAGCAUUUUAAAAUUCUUAUGGAAAUUAACAUUUGAAGGGGAGAUAACUCUUGCAAAAUGAGUCUAUUUUGGUCAGUUUUGGGUUGUUUUUCUUGAAAUUUACUUAAAGUAUGAUUUAGAUGGGGUUAUAAGUUUGCAUUUGAUUAAAUUAUAUAAUAUCCUGCUCAUUAAAUGUACAAAAUCGAAGUGUUAUGGGUAGUUUUAUUUAUUUCGUGCAUUUUUUGUUAAAGAAAUUGCAAAU